GAAUGCAGCAUUGGCUAACCGCCUGCCACGUUAGCGUGACGUAUGAGGAGGAGGUGUCUGGGGUGUGAGGUGUCCAAACUCGGACAAGAAAGCCUCAAUUGUGAUCUUAAACGUCGUCCGACACAGGAGUGACACUCCCACUUGAACUUUUACAAAUCAUGGACCCGAAUGCCAGUGGACUCCUCCAGAGGCUGACAGAGGCCGGCCAGUCUCACCUGCUGCACUUCUGGGACAAGCUGAGCCCAGACGAGCGUGCCUGCUUGAACCAGGAGCUGCAGGGGAUAGACUUCCAGGAGGUCAAUGGCUUCUUCAAGAGGGCCAUGGAGGCAUCCGGCUCCAGUGGCAAGAACGAAAAGAUGGACGCCCGCAUGGAGCCGGUGCCCCGGGAUGUGCUGGGAAGUGUGACGAGGGACAGGGGAAGUCUUAAACGCUGGGAGCAAAAAGGUCUGGAAUGCAUCUCCCAGGGUAAAGUGGCGGUGCUACUGCUGGCCGGCGGUCAGGGAACCAGACUGGGCGUCUCCUACCCCAAAGGCAUGUAUGACGUGGGGCUUCCGUCCAAGAAGACCCUCUUCCAAAUUCAGGCAGAGCGCAUUCUGAAGCUACAGCAGCUGAGUGUGGAGAAGCACAAGAGCAAGUGCACGAUUCCCUGGUACAUCAUGACUAGCGGCAGGACCAUGGAAUCCACCAAGGACUUCUUCUCACGCCGAAACUACUUUGGUUUGGACAAGAACAACGUCAUCUUCUUUCAGCAGGGCAUGCUGCCAGCCAUGGACUACGACGGCAAGAUCAUCCUGGAGAAUAAAUGCAAGCUGUCCAUGGCUCCUGACGGGAACGGGGGUCUGUACAGAGCCUUGGGCAACCAGGGCAUCUUGGACGACAUGCAGCAGAGGGGGAUUCAGUUCAUACAUGUGUACUGUGUGGACAACAUCCUGGUCAAAGUGGCUGACCCAGCAUUUGUCGGUUUCUGUGUGGAGAAGGAUGCUGACUGUGGCGCUAAGGUGGUGGAGAAAAGCAACCCGACGGAGGCCGUCGGCGUGGUGUGUAAGGUAGAUGGGCUUUACCAGGUGGUGGAGUACAGCGAGAUCACCCUGGCGACGGCCGAAAGGCGCAGUGCCGACGGGCGCCUUAUGUUCAACGCGGGCAACGUGGCCAAUCAUUUCUUCAGCUUCUCCUUUCUCAAAGACAUAGUGGAGAAGUACGAACCAAAGCUUCAGCACCACGUGGCCCGCAAGAAGAUCCCAUUUGUUGACCACCAGGGUCAACUCAUCACCCCCGACAAACCAAAUGGAAUUAAAAUGGAAAAAUUUGUCUUUGACAUCUUCCAGUUUGCCAAGACCUUUGUGGUGUACGAGGUGCUGAGGGAAGACGAGUUCUCCCCGCUGAAGAACGCCGACUGCCAAGACGGGAAGGACACGCCCACCACCGCCAGACACUCCCUCAUGUCCCUUCACCACCGCUGGGUGCUGAACGCUGGCGGCCACUUCAUCGACGAGAAUGGCACGCGCGUGCCUGCCAUACCCAGUGUUUCCAGAGCUGGAGCAGCAGGCCCUGUCACAGAUGAUGGCAAAAGAACCCUAAAAGACGGAACAGACCAUCCAAUCAAAUGUGAGAUCUCACCGCUGGUGUCUUACGGGGGAGAGGGCCUGGAAGUGCUGGUGAAGGAUCGAGGCUUCCACCCGACGCUCAUCAUCGACGAGAGCGGCAUCAAGAGCGGCAUCUAGGCAGCGAGGAGGGGAACAAUCCAAAGACACCAACCCUUCUGUUACUCUGGGAUAAGCUGUGAUGUCAUCAAUGUGCAAUAACAGCGUCAGUGUGCAUGCGCACGAAACUGAUGCGCAAAACAAACCAACGAGAUGAAGUGAGCACCCUUUGUAUGUAUAAUGGCGGUCCUUUGGGAGGAGAGCUUGUGGGUCUGGUGCAUCUAUUUAUUUAGCUGAUGAGACUUAUUUUUUUAUAUUUGUAUCCUGUCAUGAGAUAUUUCACAUCUGCUCAAGUUUACUUCAUGAUUUUUAGAGCACAUUGGAACUGGAAUGAUCUGGCUUUUGAAUCAUGUACAGGGCAGGAUGUGGGAGCUAUUCUUCUAAUUGUUAAUGAUGGAACAUGACUCAGCUCAAUGUGAUGCGUAUUAAAGGAGAAGGGGGGG